AUGGACGAAAUAAUCGAUCAAAAUGCCCUGAGGAAGCCUGACAAGAAGCGCUCGGGGCAUAAAUCAUGCGUACACGAGUCACUGACGAGUCGCAAUCACGAAAGUUUGCCAACAAUCGGCGCGGAGGGCGGCCGCCUGUUGGCUCUAUCCAUCAUCGUCGCUCAAGGUCUCGCCAAAGUUUGCGAGGCUCCGAGUUUGCCGACGACACUCCGUUGGCGGUGCCGGUGGUCAAGUGUAUCGCAGCAAACAACGCGUCCCUUUGUGCUCGGUGUCUUGUUUCAUUGCGCAACAUCCAAAACUGUUCAAAUCCUUGUCAGAUCGUUAGAUGCCCCACUUGAACAACGUUUUCAGAUGUUAUCUUUUGUAGUCUUUUGAUGAUCAUAUUUGAACUUUUUAGGUGCAUCGAGCCGACAUUUCAAACCAUUGUGCUGGAAAUCUUGUAAUCAAAAAAGUCGAUCAGGAGAUCUCUAGCAUACUCAACUUCUUUUCAGGAGAAUCUUCGACUACGCGGAACGAAUUUGGUCGCGCCAUGACAAAUCUUUAAAGUAACCCAUAAGACUCCUUUGAUGCUGUUCCCAAUCACAUCACAAAUGAAAAUAAGAACGUAAAACUUUGAGUUACGUUUUUUUUUUUCAACUUUUUUACGGUGUUAUGUGCACCACCUAUAAAUAAUAAAAAUUAACUCUCACUUCAAGAUUUUCUAAAAUUAAAAAAAAUCCUCAAAGCUAAUUUUAAUUCACCAAUAAAAUUAGAAAUAAUUUUUCUUCUGUUUAACGUUUUUUUUUUUCGUGCCCCUCACGUCGUAGACAUCAUGGAAAAAUUUUUCAUGCGUUUAUUCGACGAUAAUCAUCUUCCUCAAAAAGUUGCUUACGAUGACAAAAUCUUUUGAGGCCUGCAGUCGGGAAAAAAUAUUAAAUAAAACAGUGAUUAGACCGAAACGCCAACUGCGCCCCUGGCUCUAGCUUUAAAAAAUUAUCAACGGCAUACAUUUUCACAAAGCUUGAAUACGGUAUCGGAGCAGAGACACGCAAUGCUCAAAACAAACAUUGUCAAGGGAUAUCUGUGGUCACGGCGGCUAAUCCAGGCCAAAAGAAUGGCGGUUAGCACUCGGGAAUGCGAUUGGAUCGGUCGCCUGUCAAACACGGGGCUCAUUGUUGGGUGCAUGCAAUUUAAGCGUCAGCUCCGACAUCGGCCUUGUUUCAUCUCCGGCCGACCUCAUAAACAACUGUUCGGAGCUCGGAUCCAACAAGCGCGUUCGUUCAGUACCAGUACCGCAGACUCAAGAAAUAAGAAACCUUGUUGAUAGGCAACAAAAAUGAGAAAUAAGUUCCAACUGAAUUUUUGGAUCAGGGUUCAUUAAAACCUACGGAGAGAAAGAAAAAAAACGUACUUUUCAUUUUAAAGAAGACUUUGAAAUUUCAAAACUUGAAAACCUGUGCUUGCGCACAGUCAUGAUCUUUGGAAGUUUCCGUUUUUUUUCUGAAAAAAGGAUGAUUUCCUUUUUUGUGACACCAAACCAAUAAUUACUUUGCUGUGUACUUUAGCUAGAUGAACGAAGAGAAAGUUUCCAUCUGCGAUUAUUUUUCCUAAAUCACGGGAAAGUCAAAGCUAGUUUCCUUCAAAACUUUACUGAUAAUUGUUUUGCAAAUGGCGUACAGGAUGACAGUUUUGUUUUAAAAUAAAUUGUUCUAUCAAAGUUUCUGAGAUUUCUUAAGCACAAAGAGAAAGGACUCUAUAAUGACAAGACUGCUAGUUUCCUUCAAAAAUUCCCAUUUUCACUUGACACGCUCAAAUAUUGAACGGAAAACUGCGCCAGGUCGACGUCUUCAAGGGAAUCGCCCUCGAGUAG